AUGGAGAUUGCCAAGCGAAUAGUCGAGGCUGCUGCAGAAGCAGCCUCAGAUGAUGCUUCUGAAGGUUAUUUCUCCAAGAUUGAUCAAUUUUAUAUUCCAGAAUGGCUUACGAUGCAGUUUGUUGCCAACAAUCUAAUCAGUUUUACACCGUUAUUCUCGUAUGGUACUACAGUUCUUGCAAUUCAUAAGUCUCAGACUUCGUUGGGAUUUUCCCUGGAUAUCUGUGCUACGAUGCUUAUUGCAAGUAUAUUGAGAGUUUCUUAUUAUUUGAUUACACCAUAUGAAAUUACGUUGUUAAGACAGUCGAUAGUGAUGAUCUUGAUCCAACUAAUAUUGUUGAAAGUUGCAUUAAACUAUAGGCCAGAAGAUGCUAAAUAUGAAAAUUUGGAGCCUGUGGAGACGUUAUCGGAAUUGUUGCAGGACGUAUGGGAACAGUAUUUCCCAGCUAAUCCGUUCGAUGUGUAUAGCACCGAUUGGAAACCAUUGUUAAAAUCGUUGUCCUGGAAAAACUUGCUGGGAUUUGGAUACAAGAUCGUACUAGUGUGUGUCUAUAAGUUUUUGAAGUUCUUUGAUCCUAGUUUCAAGAGGUUCAAAGGUUUCUGGCAAUGGAAUGACGACUUGAUGUAUUGGAAAUUCCUUUUAGUUUUCGGAUCGUUACAAUUCUUCAUUACACUGAUCAUCUCAAAAGUUUUCAAUUGGGAAAGUUUUUCACAAUGGAUCGGGUCGCUGAUAGGAUCUCUGGGUCUUUUCAUAGAGUCGUUGUUGCCAUUACCUCAAAUAUCAAUUUUCUACAAGUUGAAAUCAGUCCAAGGUUUCAAAUUGAUUAUCUUGGUAAGUUGGUUAUGCGGUGAUAUCUUAAAAAUCUCUUACUUGGUGUUUGGCGCGAGUAAUAUCUCCGUCAUAUUCCUAUGUUUUGGGCUUUUCCAAAUGUCUUUGGACAUUUACAUUGCAUGUCAGUACAUUUACUACAAAUACUAUUACCCUUCAUUGAGACACGAUGAAGAGAAUCCGGAGAUCAUGAGCUCGAAAGAGGAAUUAGAAUUAAGAGAUCUAUCAUCUUUACAGAAGGAAAUGAUACUUUGA